AUGUUUGGGCUUCAGGAUAGCAUUCAAAGGAGUGGAAGUAGCAUGAAAGAGGAGCCGGUCGUGUCCGGGAUGAACGCGGUUCGGACAUGGAUGCAGGGGGCCGGGGUCCUGGAUGCUAACACGGCCGCUCAGAGCGGAGUGGGACUCGCCCGCGCUCACUUCGAGAAACAGCCGCCGUCCAACCUUCGGAAAUCAAACUUUUUUCACUUCGUCUUGGCUCUAUACGACAGACAAGGGCAGCCGGUGGAAAUUGAACGGACAUCUUUUGUCGGGUUCGUCGAGAAGGAAAAGGAGCUGAACGGGGAGAAGACGAAUAACGGAAUACAUUACAGAUUACAGCUUUUGUACAGCAAUGGCAUCCGCACGGAGCAGGACUUCUACGUCAGACUCAUCGACUCCAUGACCAAGCAGCCGAUCAUAUAUGAAGGCCAAGACAAGAAUCCUGAAAUGUGCCGGGUGUUACUUACGCACGAGAUCAUGUGCAGCCGCUGCUGCGACAAGAAGAGCUGCGGGAAUCGCAACGAGACCCCCUCUGACCCUGUCAUCAUCGACAGGUUCUUCCUGAAAUUCUUCCUGAAAUGCAACCAGAAUUGUCUGAAGAACGCGGGGAACCCACGGGACAUGCGCCGGUUCCAGGUGGUGGUCUCCACGACGGUCAGCGUCGACGGUCACGUUCUCUCCGUGUCCGACAACAUGUUCGUGCACAACAACUCCAAGCACGGCCGGCGAGCCCGCAGACUGGACGCCUCGGAGGGGACGCCGUCCUUCCUGGAGCACGCAGCUGCACCGUGCAUCAAAGCCAUCAGCCCCAGCGAGGGUUGGACAACAGGGGGCGCCACCGUCAUCAUCAUCGGUGACAAUUUCUUCGACGGCCUCCAGGUCAUCUUUGGGACGAUGCUGGUCUGGAGCGAGCUCAUCACCCCCCAUGCCAUCCGCGUACAGACCCCUCCCAGACACAUCCCGGGCGUGGUGGAGGUCACCCUCUCCUACAAGUCCAAGCAGUUCUGCAAAGGCACCCCCGGCAGGUUCAUCUACACAGCACUGAACGAGCCCACCAUCGACUACGGCUUCCAGAGGCUGCAGAAGGUCAUCCCACGGCACCCCGGAGACCCAGAGCGCUUGCCAAAGGAGGUGAUCCUGAAGCGAGCCGCUGACCUGGUGGAAGCUCUUUAUGGGAUGCCGCACAACAAUCAGGAGAUAAUCCUGAAGCGGGCAGCUGACAUCGCCGAGGCGCUCUACAACGUCCCGCGGAACCACAAUCAGCUGCCAGGCCUCAACAACCCCUCGGUGCACGCCGGCAUGAUGGGGGUCAACUCCUUCCCCAGUCAGCUCGCCGUCAACGUGUCGGAAUCCUCGCAAGCCGCCAGCCAGGGUUUCAGCCGGAACACGAGCAGCGUCUCGCCGCACGGCUACGUGCCCAGCUCCACGCCCCAGCAGAGCACCUACAGCUCCGUCACCACCAGUAUGAACGGCUACGGCGGUGCCGGCAUGUCCAACCUGGGCGGCUCGCCCAACUUCCUCAACGGCUCAGCGGCCAACUCUCCUUACGCCAUCGUGCCCUCGAGCCCCACCAUGGCCUCUUCCACCAGCCUGCCCUCCAACUGCAGCAGCUCCUCGGGAAUCUUCUCCUUCUCGCCCGCCAACAUGGUGUCUGCCGUCAAGCAGAAGAGCGCAUUCGCACCCGUGGUGCGGCCCCAGGCCUCGCCGCCCCCCACCUGCACCAGCGCCAACGGCAACGGACUGCCAGAUCAGGCUUUUGUGGACUCUAGCAAGUACUCCACUACCAACCCGCUACAGAGCCUGGCCUUUUCCUGAACACUUCCAGGAAUGAUCAUCCCUCAGAUGUAGAAGAUUUGCAAGAGAGCAAGAAACACGUGACAACUUGGGCAGGAGUUAUGAAACUCUGAAAUGAGACUAAAUGCAACCCUUGAAGAAAUUAACCUUUAACUCAGGCCUUUUUAAGAGGAUUUACAUUUGAACAAAAAGAAAAAUAAGGACAGUUACAACUGCUUUUUAAAUUUGUAAAUGCAGACUCUUUGUUUGUUGGUUUGUUUGUUUUUUGAGAAUGGAAGGUGAUGCCACAAAUUAUUCUGACGACCCCAGCCUGCCACAAAAAAAAAAGAACUGUUUAUCCGCAAACUGCUUUCUGUCAUUUAGUUCUCUUUUUGUUUAUAUGUUCGGAAUUUUACCAAAAUUGUACUAUACACAAGGGAACCCGCCUGCAGAGACUAACUUAGGAUUUCAGUUUAAGAGGCUUGUGAAAAAGAAGAUGUAACGUCAGGUGGGGGGGCCGUUAAGGGCAGCUGGCCGGUGGUUGAACUACUGGGUGUGCAGCGGAGCGUGUCCGGAGCGCAGCUCCUGCUCAUAAAGGCAGCGCCUAGUCUUCGUGGGCUUAUUUAAGCUAUGAAGCAGAGUGCAGUUUCCCGAAGACCCUAAAUGAGAUUUGACGUUACACCAGUGGAGACAUACAAGACAUUUUGGGGGGGAGGGGGUGGGGGAAACAAUAAAAACAUACUUAUAUGUAAGCGCACCGGAAUAUUUACUAAGCUUACACGUACCUAAACCACGUUGAAUCAACACAAAGUUUUGCCUUCUCUCUAUAACAAUGAUAUUACCUACUAUAGAAAUAAAAACUUGUCUAAUAGCCCGUGAUCCUGAACUUGAUAAGCAGUUGGAAGAUGAACGGAUGGAUGUUAUUAAUAAUUUAGUACUAGUAAUUUUCAGCUUCACUUUAUUUUUAUACUGUAGCGUCACGUAAAUUUACGCAUUUGCAGUUUUGCGAAAGAUCACGGUACCGGACACUUGGAAAUUUUUGCGAUGCUACAGUUUUGAGUACCUGCGCCUGCUGGGAUUUUUAUUAAUGAUAUUUUUAAUAAGAGAACGGACAGUGUACGUUUUUUACGGAGGUGGAUGUCUUGGCCCGUGAUCCGCGUGAGUCUGUAUCGAUUUCGCUUUAUAUCGAUUGCGCAAAUGUCACGGUCCCCCCAGCCCUUCGUGCGCCUGCAAAUAACAUUUUUUUGGUGUGCACACUUUUGUAGAUUAAAGGACAAUGGCAUUUUUCCAGGAUUUGUUCCAUUUUUACCUUUUACUAGAGGGUGAAUUGCUACUUUGGGGAACUGUACAUAAGACCCAAGAAUUUGUACAUCCGAAAAUGGCACAAAAAUUAUUUUAAUAAUCAAUACAGAUAAUGUAAAUGUCUGGAACAAUAUAUCUCGGUUGCAUUUCGCUUUAAGUACCAGUAAUCUAAUAUACAUAUUUAGAUAUGCCUAUUCUUCAAUUCUAUACUAAUUAAUUAAUUGAUUCCUGGAGGAAUUUAUUAAUUAAUAUUUGGAGGCUGUGCGUGUGUCUAUUUUUAAACAAUGUUCUCUGAAGGCAUUAAGAGUACUCUGAAGCUAUCCUUGGAUCCCGGGCGUAUCUCCGGAUCCUGGUCGGUAUCAGCCCGAUCCGGUGAGAGCCCGGUGCUCUGAUAAGGAGUCCGGCACGCGCGAACCGAGCCCCCGGACCUUGGGUUUCAAGCACAGGGACGUAUUUCGGCGUUCAGUCUAUUCCAGCACAAUCACUACCUGGGACCUGGCUCUCUGUGGCUGGGGCACGAUCUGCUUUUUGUACUUUUUCAUUAUAUGUUUUUUUUUUUCUCCAGCACAUUCCCAGGGUGAGUAUAAUUACCCGGCUCCCCACAUACUGACCUUGUGAAGUCUUUAGCUGAGGAGAAACCGUGCUGACAGGACACGUUAAAAAAGAGAGAGGGGAAAAAAUCUGCCAAGACUGAUAUUGGGCAAGGAAGCUGCAAUCCAAGCGUGUUUGUUCACAUUUCGUGAGCCGUGCCGGAGUCUUGUCCAGUGCUGCAAGUUGUUAGCCUAGAUUUCUAAUGAACACAAGGCGGUCCCAAUUACCUAGAGCCCCGUCCCCAGGGUCCCCUCAGUUCCCAUGUCUAACCGAUCUCCCUGUGCGUAUCGACGCCGUGGGAAGUGGAAAUGAAACCUCUCGAAUUAAUUCUGAAAUAAGAGAACAAAAUGUAAUAGGUUUUAGCACAGAAAGAAAGGAAAAUACAGAAGCCUUCAUUGUUAACCUUUUUGCUGCUAGUAGCACCAGAAAAUCAGUAAAUUAUACGUGUAGUCGAUAUUGUUCUCAUUUCCCUGUCGACGUAUAAAUGAUUUUUUGCCAAUAAUACUUCUGUCGGUUUGUUUUGUGUUUGGUGUAGUUUUUUUCACGAACGAGACUGUGAUAUACCUACAGUUGGCCUUUGUUUGGACGCCAGGCAUCUGUUCUUGUAAUGCUAAUGGGGGCAACAAAUUUUGGCCGCGGGGGUAUCGUUUUUUUUUUUUCCAGCAGGCGCUGCUGAAAUAGCCCCCCUCCUCCUCCUCCUCCCCCCGCGCUAUUCGGAUGUUCAGAGACCCAGCAAAAACGCCACAUCACUUUUAACGUUUCUGUUAUUGUAUCUGUUGUACAUAAUAAUGAAUGUUACCUGACGUGAUAUGUUUUGCCAAUGUCAUUGUUUGAAAUUGUAUUUAUGCAUUAAAAUGUCCUAGGGCAGCUUACGUUAUAUACUGUCACUGAUGCUAUGUCAUGCGAUUCGCCAACUUAAGGCUGCGAAUGAAAGGCAAAAAAGGAAGGGGAUCCCUGUAAAUUACCCAUAAUCCUAGUGUGUGUAUCUCUGGAAUUUAUGCAUUCAUUCUGUUCCAUAAUUUUAAUUUCACUGUGUAUGAUUGCAAUGUAAAAAAGUGCCGAACGAUUUGCUUUCAUCUUCUACCAUUAUUCAUAUUGUUUAAAUGUUAUUUUAAAUGUAUAAUUUGUAUUUUUUUUCUAUUGUACAAGCCAUACUUGCUUUUUAUUUCCAUCCCGGAAAAAGUACUUGUCUAUUUUUGUAUUAAUUGUAUGAUAAGAAAUGUUUGUUUUCGUUUGUUUUAAAUUCUAAAACUUGUUUCAAAAUGUACAGUAUGACAAAAGUAUUGUACCCUCAUAAUAUUUAGUUAUGUUAAUUUUUUAAAUAUAUAAAUAUAUAAAGAUAUAUCUCCUGUUUUACUUUUUGAGGAUUACAGCUACUGUUCCUCAUUUAUAUUUUGCUUUGGUUCUUCUGCUUUGUGAGUUAAUUCACCCCCCCCCCUUCCCCCCAAUAACUUUUGUUUUUUUUUAUUUCGUAUUCCUUUUUCUUUCUCUCUUUGUCUAUUUAAUUAUUUAUAGCCUACUUGGUUUUUCCCGUAACGUCUCAGUAAAAUCUUAAGCAGCUGUUCAGGAGUUGUAACCUUGUGCGUUCCCCGUGCCCACGCGACUUAAUCACGGCGCAUUCGCAGAGAAACGCGAUGAGAAACGAUGCUAAGGUAUGUGAGGGACAUUCACCUCUCUCGUCGUACCCCGGGCUGAGUGAUGUCUUCCCAGUAAUCACCGCUGGAGGUUUCUCCGCUUUUAUGUUUUGGCCUUGGGUGUCAGGUGGGGAUGAGGGCCUGGAACAGGACACCGCGUGGAGAUUACUGCACUGGGGCGAUUAAUAUUUAAUGCACAUUGCAGCUGGGUGCUCUGGAACAGGGGAAAGAUGUAUUAUGCUGUUGAGUUCUUUGUUUUGCCCACAUGUCUGUUAUCACUUUUAGUUUGGGGGAUGGAAUAGGGAGAAGAUUAACAGCCAUAAUCUGCAAAAUUAUAUUUUUGUUUGGUUUUUUUUGUAUAAAAGCAGUGUGCGUUCAAAACUAUUUGAGCUUUAUUGCAGGCACUUUGUAAAAACAAAUAGUAAUUAUUAAUAAAAAGUAAACAGUCAUGAUCUGAAUGUGUUCUGGGCAAAAUGCUAUGGAAUAACGCGGCAAUUUGCAUGCAUACAGUUCAGUUAAUAUCAUCAUACCGAUGCUAUCAUAUUGGUGAAUUAAGACGGGUGGUUUUGCUCCGAUAGCUUAUUGGUCGUUUUGUUUGUCCUGUCCUUCCUACCAAACGAAUCGCCUUCCUUGGGAAAUUGAGUCACUUCAUCCAUUGUCUGUGACGUAAUUCGGCUACCUGUUUUUAAGGUUUACGGUUUUAUUGAGCUUCAGUUAAGAAGGGGUCAUGAGGGGGGGGGGGCGCUGGACUCUAAUCUUUUCAUUUGUAUCUUUCUUUACUAAAAAGAUUCAUAUUACUGUUCCGUGUCAUAGACGGACUCGGUUUUACUAUAGUUAUGCCCUGAAAAGAUUUAAAUUUUGUUCUGAAAAAAAUCUGGUUCUCUUUUUUUCUGUUAAAUCUUUUUCUUGGUUUGAUGAACACUGAUUAGUCAUAUCAUUUGGCAAGCAGCAGAAUAAGUAAAUAACUAUUGUACAUACAGUAUAUAUAUGAUUUGUAAUUAAAUUUGACCUGUAAAGAUGUUUUCAACUUUCACAUUAUUUAAUUAAAGCUAUUUCUUGUCUGUGA